AUGGAGACACCGGAAUCCUCAUCCUCCGGCUCGACAUCCUCCUCCCAAUUCUCUCGCACCACAAAAGCUUCCAGCGCCCUGAGCAUAGGUACCAGAAUGUCUUCCCUAGCGCGAAAGAGAGCCACAAGUGUUAGCAGCACCAGCAUACGUGGCCAAUGUCCGGAAUGCAGAGAUAAACGACAGGAUGAUAUGGGUCUCAAGAUCAACACUGCUGAGCUGGCAGCUCUGGCUCAGUCGUUAAGGGGGAAGUCAUCGACUUUCGGCGAGAAGACUAGUACCGCUUUCGAUUACGGUGUGGAAAUAUUAUUCGAAGAUGGUGUAUCGUGGGUAGCAAAGGUACCCAAACCGUGGAGGUCGUCGCACUACAAUGAAUCCAUGUACAGUCAGAUUUCGGCCUGGAGAUACCUGAAGAAGCAUACCAGCAUACCCGUCCCCGAAGUUUAUCAUUUCGCCUAUGAUUCCGAUGCCACGAACAAUGUCAACGCCUCUUUCAUGCUUUACGAGAAGCUUCCCGGACAUUCUGUUCCAGAACUUGACGUCGAAAACCCGACAUCUAUCGGCAAAGCAGCCCGAUUCCACGGCCAACUCUCCGACAUCAUCCUACAACUUUCCUUGUGCGCGUUCGAGAAUAUCGGCUCGAUCCAACAGUCCACUAUCGACCCCGAAGAUUUCAUCGUCGGUCCCCUCUACACUGUUCAGAAUACAUAUCCCCUUGCUCGUGGCCGAUUAGCGACCAACCGAGGUCCCUUCAACUCCGCAUUUGAGUACCUGACAGCCUUUGGCGAGCUGAACUACAAGGAUGCUAAAUCGCACUCUCACCGACCGGCGCAAUCCGACCUUUGUGCUCCUGUCGACGAGGAAUUGGCCCGUUUCUUCUUAAUCAAUAAGAUGAUUCCCAAAUUUUCCAUCGAGACAGGAUACAACAAUGGCCCUUUCGUCUUCCAGAAUUGGGGCCUCGAUUCGGCUGGGAUCUUGGUUGACGAGGAUUGCAAUAUCACUGGUAUUACAGGGAUCACCGGCGCCGUCGGCCCUCUUACGAGUCUGUGCAAAUACCCUGAUCUCAUCUACGAAACCAAGAAGAAGGGUCCUCUUUUCGACCGUAAAAUCUUCCUCGGUGCCUUUUUAAAUCACGAGAUGGAUUCCGACCGAUCUUCCGUCCUCAAAGACCAAGAUGUUCGAAAGGAACUUCUAAGGGCAGCGCAUAAAGUUUGGCAAUUCGAAAACUCGAUUCUCGAUCCUAAAAAUAAGCACCUGCACCUUAGCGGCCGUGGCGGUCUGUACGAAUACGUUUUCGAAGACACAAAGUUCUCGGAAAAGUCUGCCUUCAAGUCUCUCGGUGACCAAGACCCUGACUUCCAGAACCUCGCUCCCAAGAGAGAAAUGAAGCACGGAGAAUAUUCGUGGGAUCUACCGGAAGAGCUUAAGAACGGCAAGAAGCGAAAAUCUUCUGCAGCAGCAUCGGCAGCGAAGGAGACCGCCAGCAAAGUUUGGAAUAAGGCGCCAUGGGUUAAGUCGCGGAAAGAGGAACGAUGGGUUCGCGAGUACGUUAGGGUUCACCGACAUCUUCCCCCCGAAGUUAAGGCCUAUGGGGGAAAGCGACGAAGCAACGGACCCGAGAAGGCGUUCCACAUGGCGUGGGCGUUUAUCCGAUGCCGAGAUGCCAGCUACAUGAGGCGAAAGUCUCAGAAGAAGAGAGUUGUAAGAGUCGGUGGAAGGAACCGAAGCAGCAGUGUUAGGCAGACCGGGAAGAGGGUUCGAGGGUGGAGCUUGACUGGGGCUGAUAAGAGGAGCAAGGCAAAGGGCAAGAUGUCAACCGUCCCCAAGCCUGCGCCACAAAAGGCUGCUACUGAGAAAGGAUGGAAGAGAGUCUUUGCCGCAGUCACAAUACUGAACUUCCGUGGAUCCUCGUCGUGA